AUGGGUAAUUCACAUUCAAGCGAAAAUGGUGGUAAUAGUGGUAGUGGUGGUGGUAGUGGUGGUGGUGGCAGUGGCUAUAGUGGAGUUUCAGAAAAUAUGAUUAUUGACUUAGAAGGAAGAUAUCAUAUUGAUUAUAAGAAUAGAAAUUAUAAAAAAUUGAAACCUCAAAUGUUUUCAACAUUUUUUGAACAUUACGAAAUUGUUCAAGCUGAUUCAUUGAUAAAUAGUGAUUUCAUCAAAAAUAAGACUGUUAAAAAGAAUAGAGAUAAUAGUAGUAAUAACAAUAGCAAUAAUAAUAGUAAUAAUAAUAAUAAUAAUAAUACAUUAAACAACUCUACCAUAAUCACAACAACAACAACAACUACUACAACAUCCACUCCAACAACAACAAUAAUGAUAACACCACCACAGCAACAACAACAACAAAGAACAUCAUUAGAUUUAACAAAUAGAGAUAUAUCGGAAUCAUCUACACCAAAUGAACAACAAAUCAGAUUGGCUCAAGAAGAAACAGAAAAUCAAGAAAUUGUUGAAAGUUCUUUUUUAAAGUCUUCACCAGUUCCAUCACCAUCAUCAUCAGUAUUAAAGAGUUUUGAAUCUGAUUUCCAAUUAAAUACAGAUUUAACAACUGAGACAUUUGAUGAUAAUAGUGCAGAGAAAAAGAGACAACAACAACAACAACAACAACAAAAUGAAGAUUCUAAACAAUCUUCUCAACAACAAACACAAAAAUCAAAAGAUAAAGAUGAAUCAGCUAAAAUAGUAAACAAUAAAUCUUCAUCCACUACAAACAUUAAACCAAUUUUAGCAGCAGCACAAACCUCUAGAUCAACAUCAAUACCAGCAUUUAAUAGAAAUAAAACAAAAGAGCCAACAAAACAAAAGAUUAAAAAAGAACAUAGUACCUUAAGAAAGAAUUCAUUGAGUAGUAGUAAUAUCAUAACACCAAAUAACACCACCAAUACCAAUGCAAAAGAUGGUGCAUCAUAUUUUAAUGAAAAUAGUUUAAUGUCAGUUAAAUCAGAUAUUAAAAUCUUUUCAUUAGAUUUAUCAAUUAAUAGAUUAGAGAAUAUUACAAAUGAUAUUUUAUCUAUAAUGGCAAGAUUUGAAAUUCAAGAAUUAACAUUAUCAACAAACUUUUUCCAAAUAAUUCCAGAUCUUCAAUUAGUCAAAUCUUUAACAACUGUAAAUUUAACAAGAAAUAAGCUUUCAAAACUUCAAACUUCUGUUUUCAUUGAAUUACCAUCUUUAACUUCUUUAAUAUUAGAUAGAAAUUUUAUCUCAUCAAUUCCAGACGAUAUUGAUCAAAUCAAAAAUUUAAAAUAUCUUUCAAUUAAACAUAAUGCAUUAGAAUAUUUACCAAAUUCAUUAUCAAAUCUUUCUCAAUUAAUUUCAUUGGAUUUAUCACAAAAUAAAUUAAAAACUUUACCACCAAAUUUUGAUGAUUUAAUUAAUUUAAGAAUGGUAUGGUUAUCAUAUAAUCAAAUUACAAGUUUACCAUCAAUGAGAAAAUUAGUGAAUUUAGUAACAUUUGAUAUAUCAUCAAAUAAAUUAUUAAGUUUACCAAAAGAUUUUGCUUAUUUAGUACCAUCAAGAAUAAAGCAAUCUUAUAGCGAUAUUGAUAUUGAUGAAUAUGAUGAAAAUAUAAAUACAUGUAAUAAUAUAAAUAGUAAUAAUAAUGAUAGUAAUAAUAGUAAUAAUAAUAAUAAUAAUAAUAAUGAUAAUAAUAAUAAUUGUAAUAAAAAUAAUAUAUUAGAAAUGAUUAAUUCAACAGAAUUAGAAGGAGGUGGAUUAGGAUGUUUAAAGGAAUUAAAUAUUCGUGAUAAUAGGGAAUUAAUUUCAUUACCAGUUGAAUAUAAACAGGUUGAAUCAUUAAUGACACUAGUUACAAGUAUACCAAGUGAAAUUAUACCAGGAAUAUUUUUAGGUGGACUUGAUAGUGCAAACAAUGCACCAAUUUUACAAACUUUAGGUAUCACACAUAUUCUUUUGGCAAUUGGUGAUUGUGAACCAUUCUUUCCAAAAACUUUCAAAUACUAUUCAAUUGAUGAUGCUAGAGAUGCACCACAAUAUGAUAUUAGUCAACAUUUUGAACAAACCAAUUGUUUCAUUGAAUCUGGUAGAAAAUCUGGUGGUGUUUUAGUACAUUGUAGAGCAGGUAUCAGUAGAAGUUCAACUUUGGUAAUCUCUUACUUGAUGAAAUAUCAAAGAAUGACCUUUAAACAGGCAAUGGAUCUAGUUCAAUCAAAAAGACCUCAAAUUCAACCAAAUCCAGGUUUUAAAGAUCAACUUUUAAAAUAUGAAGCAAAAUUAUUUUGUACAAAUAUUUUAAAUAUAUCUUCUCAUAAUAGUAAUAAUAAAAAUAAUAACUCCUCUAAUAAUAGAAAGAGUAUUAAUAAUAGAAAAAGUAAUAAUAUAAUAAUUACAAUUAAUAACAGUAGUAAUAGUAAUAAUAAUAAUAGUACUGAUAAUAGUAAUAAUUCAUCAACUUCAACAACUCCAAAUCUUUCUUCUUUAUCUUCUGAUUCUUCUUCAAGUGCCUCACUUUCAAAAUUAUCAAUUUCCAAAUAA